AUGUCCGGCCUGGAGAAAGCCCUGUUCAACUUGAAGUUCACAGCCAAGCAACUCAACCGCCAGGCAGCCAAAGCGAGCAAAGACGAACAGACCGAGAAGGCGAAGCUGAAGAAGGCCAUCCAACAAAACCACACCGACAUCGCCAAAAUCUACGCCCAAAAUGCGAUCCGCAAGAAGAACGAGAACCUGAACCUCCUGCGGCUGGCGUCGCGCAUCGACGCCGUGUCGAGUCGCGUGCAGACGGCGGUGACGAUGAGGCAGGUCACGGGGAGUAUGGCGAAUGUGGUGCGGGGCAUGGAUAGUGCGAUGAAGAGUAUGAAUUUGGAGCAGAUCUCCGCCGUAAUGGACCGCUUCGAGACGCAAUUCGAAGACUUGGACGUCGCGACGGGAUACUACGAGAAUGCAACCUCCUCGGCGACGGCGACAGCCACCCCGCAGGAGGAUGUGGAUAAACUGAUGGGACAGGUGGCGGAUGAGGCGGGCGUGGAGUUGAGUCAGGAGAUGAACAGUGCGACGCCCAGUCAGCAGAUUCAGCAGCCGGCUGAGGAAGAGAGGGAGGAUAAGUUGGGGGAGAGGUUGAGGGCUUUGAGGAGCUGA